UCCCCAUUUCCCCCUUCUUCGAGCUGCAACGACACGCACUCACAGAGUCACAGUCCAAGCUCGUAAACAAUGGCGUCCACCUCCUACACACUCUUCUCCCUCUGCUCCUCUUCCUUCAAUGUUCACUGCAAAAUUUCCCCUACAUCCUCCCUCUCAAAGCCCCUUUCUUUCACCAAGCCCAAUUUCGAGUCAUCCUUCAAGCUUCCUCAAAAGCUCUCCUUCUCAUCCUCACCUUCUCUUCCUCAAUCUGCCACUGUACCCAAAGUCUCCCAAAUCGACGCCCCCGACGUCGCCGAGACCGAACCCGAAUCGCCCCCCGCAGCGACCCAGAUUGUGGAAGUUUCCAAGGAAGAAGCGCCCAAAAGGGAGGAGAUUUUUGCUGUUGUUAUGGUUGGUGGGCGGCAGUAUAUUGUGAUCCCUGGGAGGUUCCUCUAUGUUCAGAGGUUGAAAGGCACAAAUGUUAAUGAUAAGAUCGCCCUAAACAAGGUUUUACUUGUGGGAACCAAGACAACUACCUAUAUUGGGAAGCCUGUGGUGACCAAUGCUGUUGUUCAUGCUGUAGUUGAAGAACAGGGGUUGAAUAAGAAAGUUAUCGUUUUCAAGUAUAAGAAGAAGAAGAACUACAGGAGAAACAUUGGACACAGACAGCCAAAUACAAGAAUAAGAAUUACAGGCAUUACGGGCUUCGAAAACUACCCGGCUGUCACCCUCGACUCAAUUGCGAAAUCAAGUUGAUUAAGACCAGUAGCUGGAAGUUCAACAGGACAAAGAAUUCUUUGAAGUUCUAUUUCCCCUUUUUAUCUCCCCUGUUGUAUUACACAGCUCCUCUAUAGGGUAGUGCUCAAGCUCAAUAUGCGAAUACUGUUGUUCCAAGUUCCAACAACAGACUGGAUUCCGGGUUCUCAGAGUAGCUUCGAAGCAGAACGAGUGCUAAAUAUUAUGCGUCUGUGUACGAUAUUUUGUAAGCAAUAGCUGCUGCUAGGCUCAUAGCUCAAAAAGUUUUCCAAAGCUGCUGUCCUGUUUCAGUUCAGCAGUAGAUUAGAAAGUUGGGUUUUCUAAUCUUCUUUUAAAAACCCUAUAUUUACUUGUGCAAAUCAAACUUCUAACCUUCUGUGUAAUGUUAAUCAUAACAUGGUACCGACAACCAUUAAAUUUCAUCUCCACUCUUUCAAGAACGUAACUGCAGUCUUUACUCAGUAUCCAAUCUCACAGCAAUUUGAUCUAAUUCUCUAGACCAGAGCACAACAUGCAUGCCCCAGAACCAUGGUUGUGAAAUUGUUUUGGACUCCUCUCAAACUGGACCAAUUCGAACCACCCACCUUAGCUAAUCAAGAUGCUUCAUCAGCAGUUAGUCGACGCAGGCAUCUUACAACUGACAAUUUCUCACAGGAACAAGGGCAGUAGAAUGCAAAUACAACAAAACUUGCAAUAAUUAAAGCUAAAGCCUACUGAUUUCUAAACUUUACUAUGCGCUGUUACAUGGUUUUCCCAAUACAACAUUCUGUCAGUGCAGUAUGACUAUCCGAGAUCUCACAAAAGCUUAUCUAGUAAUCUGCAGAUGGGAGAUUAUGAGUUGAACAUUACAUUCAAAAUGAAUAUGUCGGAACUUUAAUAGUGAUCGAAGACAUGUCUAUGCACUAUCUUUCCGAUACUGUGUGCCAUCAUAACGGGAGAGAAGUAAUCAACCCGUAAAGUAUCAACUGCUUAAGAUGCCACAUAAAGGCUUCCUGGUGGUGCACUAAUAAAUAUUGCCACCAGCU